GGGUGGAAAUAUCAGAUUGCACUGGAUGGUGCCAUGUCGCUCACAGCCAAUCACAUCCCCUGAUGGCUUUCUGGUCCUCCGAUCCGGUGCGGGAGUGAAAAAGACUUCGGCAACCGUUGCCUUUGGCGCCUUUAGGAGCUGUAAGUUUUCAUCCAUUUUAAACCCUUCCCUUUCUCUCUCUUCUCCACUGCCAUCUUCCUCUUCUUCAUUAUUCUCAUCCCAAACAUCAACUAGAAAAUCUCCUUUUCUCCCUUUCUCCCUUUCCCUUUCAAUUCACUCCGUCGCUCUACACAACCAGUCCUUUCUCCCCCGUCCAUCGCCCAAUCUCCCUUCCAGUCCCCCCGCCUCCUUCGUAAAUCCUUUCUUUGUUGCCCCGCUAUCGGAGUCCCCCCACUUCCACCACUACAAUGGCCAUUCCCAACGGUGUUCCUGAGAAGGAGACUUUCCUCUUCACCUCCGAGUCUGUCGGUGAAGGUCAUCCCGACAAGAUCUGCGACCAAGUCUCAGACGCCAUUCUUGAUGCCUGCCUCAAGGAUGACCCCCUUUCCAAGGUCGCUUGUGAAUCUGCCUCCAAGACCGGCAUGAUCAUGGUCUUUGGUGAAAUUAGCACCAAAUCCCAUCUGGACUACCAGAAGGUCAUCCGCGACACCAUCAAGGAUAUCGGCUACGAUGACUCCUCCAAGGGCUUCGACUACAAGACCUGCAACGUCUUGGUCGCCGUCGAGCAUCAAUCCGUCGAUAUCGCUCAGGGUCUGCACUACGAGCAGGCUCUGGAAAACCUUGGUGCUGGUGACCAGGGGAUCAUGUUCGGCUAUGCCACCGACGAGACCCCCGAAUUGCUUCCCUUGACCGUCAUCCUCUCCCACAAGCUCAAUGCGUACAUGGUGAAGGCCCGCAAGAGCGGCGAGCUCCCAUGGCUCCGUCCCGACACCAAGACUCAGGUUACUAUCGAGUAUGCUCAUGACGGAGGCGCUGUCAAGCCCCUUCGCGUUGACACCAUCGUCGUCUCCGCCCAGCAUAGCGAUGACAUCUCCACUGAGCAGCUCCGAAAGGAGAUCCGAGAGAAGGUCGUCAAUAAUGUCAUUCCCGCCGAGCUCCUCGACGAUAAGACCAAGUACUUCAUCCAGCCUUCAGGUCGCUUCGUCAUUGGUGGUCCCCAGGGCGACGCCGGCUUGACUGGCCGCAAGAUCAUCGUCGACUCCUACGGUGGAUGGGGUGCCCACGGUGGUGGUGCUUUCUCCGGGAAGGAUUACUCCAAGGUCGAUCGAUCAGGUGCUUAUGUCAGCCGCUGGAUCGCCAAAUCCCUCAUCAAGGCCGGCCUUGCCCGCCGCUGCCUCGUCCAGCUCUCCUACGCCAUCGGUAUCGCCGAGCCCCUGUCGAUCUUUGUCGACUCUUACGGCACCUCCGACCUGAGCUCUAAGCAGCUCGUCGAAAUCAUCAACAAGAACUUCGAUCUCCGACCGGGUGUCAUUGUCAAGGAGCUUGGCCUUGCCCGUCCCAUCUACUACCAGACCGCGAAGAACGGCCACUUCACGAACCAAUCCUUCCCGUGGGAGCAGCCUAAGGAGCUCGUGCUCUAAGCCGCGACCGUCACUUCCGCAUGCCCUGCGAUUCUCGAAAGCGGUUCAACAUUAAUGGGGUAAUUUCGAUUAUUUCCUAUCCGGCGUUUAAAGUGCGAGCGUUAAUAGAUCCAACCCAAAAGUCUUGCGGUAAUAAGGCUUUUUCCCUUCACCAUUGCAUGUC